AUGAAUUUCACUUUUAUGAUAGAUAAUUGUUUAUCUUCUUGUUAAAUAACUUAUAAUGGACUCACUAUAUUAGAUUAUGCCAAGAGUGCAAUAGAAUAUUUUGUAAAAAAGAGAACAAAGAAUCCAGAAAACAAGUAUGAUCAAUACCAUCUUUUUUCGUCAAAUUCUUCAAUCUCAACAUGGACAAAUGACGUAUGCCAUUUUUUACAAAAACUCAAAACCAUUCAACCAUAGUUCGAAACUAACUUCAAUUUGGAUGAGUGUUUCCACAAUUUAAACAAAUUUAGAACUUUAAAUGGCACUGACAAUCUUUAUGGAGGAAGAGAUGUCUUAAAAAUUGAAUCGGCUAUCAUAUUUGUAUUUACCAAUCGAGAAUACAUGGGAUCUGCUUUCCAUUAAUUGGUGAGAUGGGACUAUAGACUCCUUGUCUUUUUGUUACAACCCCCUGGGAUUGAAGAAACCAAUGCCAUACCCAUUUCAACCAAUUGGCAUCACCUUGCUGCAUCUGUAGGUUAAGGAGUGUGUUUCGAAAUUCAAGAUUAUAAUGUUUUGUUCUAAAUCUUAGAUGAUCCAAAAUUAACUCCUCCUUAAAUAUCUCUUCAAUUAAAUCUUUUAGAUUAAUAAUAUAAACUUGAUGAAAUUCUAUCGAAUAUUGAAAAAACUAAGAUUGAUUAACAAUCUAGUCUGCCUUCUUAUUUGGUAAGAUCUACUUAAAAGCCAAAUUAAUCUUUUGCUUCAGUUCGUUUAAAAUGUUAACCAAAUAUGACCAUUUUCACAAAAGUAUAUUUGCCUGAAUAAUUCCCCUUCUCAGAUUUCAACAAUUAUCCAGCUUACCCUGAGUAUUUUGUUGAUUUCAAUGUAUCAUUUUAAGCAAAAUUGCCCUAAUAAUUGCCUUAUCAAGAAGUCUUCAUAGAGAAUACUUCUUUGUUGAAAUUCGUGCAAGGGAUAUCUACAACAAAAAGCAAAAUGUUGUAAUUCCCAAUCUAUUAUUUUGAAAGAAGAGAUGAAUAACAAGUAUAAUAUUUAAUUGGAUUGUUUUUGUUCUAAUAAAAUUCAACAACGAUGGAAUUGCGAUUUUAUUUUCCUAAUUUUUUAAAUUACUAUGAACUAUUAAUGUAGUGUGGCAAUUCAACAGAUGAAACAAGAAGAUUCGCUGAAUAGAAAUUUUUGCAAUAUCUUUCAACAAUUCCCAAUUAUUAUGCUCCAUGCAUUAGAAAAAAUCAAAAUGAAUUAAACAUUUAAAUUCAAAGACAAUUAAUAUUUUUGAUAGAUGAAUAAAAUCAAUAAUUGUAUAUGUAGAAAGUAAAGGCACAUUAAGCAAGAGUUUAAAAGAAUAAAAAAUAAGUGGACGAUGAAAAUUAUAAGAAUAGACAAUUGCAUAUUUCAAGAAAAAGCCAAUGUUGUGCAGCAUUCAGCGAAAAUUAUUAAGUGAAAUUUCAAGAUUAAAUUAAUUGUGAAUUCAGACAAGUAACUUAAUACUAAAAGGAUGUCAAUUUUCAAAGGUUUCUUCCUCAAUUAGAAGUUCAAUCAUGUUUGCCAUAGAUGCCCUUAAUAUAGCCAACUCUUAGAAACAUGUAUUUGGAUUCAGAUGAAAUGGAAAUUCGAUUAGAACCUCAAUUUUGUGGAAACCCAUGGAAAUUACAAAGGAAAACAUAUAGGGAUGGAGUAGAAAUAAAGAAUGACUAAGAAGAACUAUAAUUAGAAGAUAUGAUGCUAACGAAAAUGGAUUCUGAAAAGAAAUCAUAAACAAAAAAUAGGAGGAAAGGAUUUAUGAGGUCAAAGGACAUUCAAAAUUGUAAUCAUAAAUAAGUUAUAAUUGAAUAAUAAGAAAUGGAAAUAGAAGAAAAUAAAACUGAAUCAUAAUCCUAAUCCUAAUCCAAAUCCAAAUAUGGUUCUGUCAAAUUCAAUCCUCAUUUUUAAGCUAAAUUUAAAUUGAUUAUCUAAACAAAAUUGAAUAAUUCUGUAUCCACAAACAAUUGA